CGCAGUGAGUCACCCGCUGGUGAAAAGUGAUACUUGAGGACGAGGACACAGGGAGGAGUAGGCUAGUUUAGUUCGUUUCCUAAAAACAUAUUCCCCGUACGGUCGUAGCUAAGUGGAGAAACUGUCUGUAAAUAUAAAACGAUGGAUUUAACGAGCUGACACGUUUUUGACAGCAUAACAUGUUUUCUGUCUCUCUGACAGUAACAGUAUAGUUCUCAUUCUCUUUACUAAAACUGUCAAUCUACACAAUCUACACUUGGCGGAGGUUGAGUUUGUUUUACCCGAGUUACAGGUGCUGUAUAAUCAAGUUUACACUCGCUUAGUUAGGUCAAAUGUACUAAAAGGAAUCGGAACCACUGCUGACUGGGAGCAUGAACUACGACUCCCACCCUGACAACAAUGAUCACCUUGAAAAGGGAUCCCCAAAGACGAGACGUCUGUCCUCGGUUGCUGCAGACUAUUGCUGUGUCGAAGGGGGUGAUGAGGAUCUCUACCUCCAGCAAGCUGUCGUGUUUAUUGAGGACGCCAUACAGUACCGAUCCAUCAAUCAUAGAGUGGAUGCAAACUCGUUACGUCUGUACAGGUGGUACUACUCCAGGAUAUGGCAAUGGGGGCUGGGCCUGACUAUUGCGGUCGUCUUGAUGCUGGCUUUCAUCGAGAGGCCCUCGUCCUUCUCCUACACAUCAGACCCUCGCUUCAGACCUACCCCCUGGGAGCCCCCCUGUGGCCUGACAGAGGGCAUAGAGAUAGUCUGCCUCGUCAUCUUUGCCAUUGACUUUGCUACCAAGAGCUACUUGAUUGGUUGGGAGGAGUUUCGGAAGUGCAAGUGGUUGAUUGUCUACAUCUUGGCCGUCUCAGCGUCUGUAAUUGAUUGGGCGUUGACAUUGAGCAUGUAUUGUGAUCAGAACUUGCGAGUUAGGAGACUCAUUCGGCCGUUCUUCCUCCUUCAAAACUCCUCCCUGAUGAAGAAAACCUUGAAGUGCAUCAAGCGGACCCUCCCAGAGAUAGCCAGUGUUAUCCUGCUCCUGGCCCUCCACCUCUGCCUCUUCACCAUGAUUGGCAUGCUGCUCUUUGCUAAAGGAGAGAAUCCUAAGCAAAAUGGGGAGUGGGAGGCCUACUUCAGAGACUUGCCGACGUCUCUCUCCUCUCUCUUGGUGCUCCUCACUACAGCCAAUAACCCUGAUGUGAUGAUUCCGGCCUAUUCCUUAAACCGAGGAUACUCCAUCUUCUUCAUUCUCUUCAGUGGUUUCGGAACCUACUUCUUGAUGAACUUGCUAACUGCCAUCGUUUACAACCAGUUCAGGGGAUACCUGCUGAUGUCUGUCCAGGCGUCCAUCCUAAGGAGGAGACUGGGCGUCAGAGCUGCCUUUGAGGUCAUGUUCUGCCAGGGGCGGGGUCAGGACGCUACACACUCAGAGGAGCAUGUAGAGCGUGUGCGGGUGGAUGCCUCUUUGCAGGUCAUGGCGAGGGUACAAAUGAAGUCCUACUACAGACAAGCCAUCAUCAAGAGAGUGCAGCAGUUGUCUGAUGGCUUUAUCCAGUGGGAGGCCUUCCGGAGGCUUUUUGACGAGCUGGACAAGGACCGCAUCAAAGAGCACCCUCCGAAGCCAGAGUACAACUCCUCACUCCUCCAGGGGCUUCAGUUGCUUUUCAGCCACUACUAUGUUACGGUAGUGGGCAACGCCGUGGCCCUGGCCAAUGUCAUGUGCAUCUGUACCAUACUGGUGCUUGACUCUGAGAAGUCCAUUGCAGAGCGGGAUGACUACUACAUGGAAGUUAUUAACUGCUUCUUUAUUCUAUACUACCUGAUGGAGAUGAGUCUAAAGAUAUUAGCCUUUGGGUGGAGAGGCUACUUGUCAUACAGAAACAAUAUAUUUGAUGGACUUCUCACAGUUUGCCUUCUGGUCCUUCAGAUCACCAUUUUUGCCACCUACAGGCUUCCGUUUCCUAAAUGGAACCCAGCGUCGCGUGGCCUGAUGUCUCUGUGGGAGAUGGUGCGUCUGGUCAACAUGCUCAUCGUCGUCCGUUUCCUCCGAAUCAUCCCUGAUAUCAAGCUGAUGGCCCUCAUAGCGAGUACUUUGGUUGACCUGGUGAAAAACCUCCGAGCUUUUGCAGGAAUACUAGUGGUGGUGUUCUACGUGUUUGCUGUCCUUGGCAUCUGGCUGUUCCAGGGAGCCAUCACAGCUCCAGGGCAGAGGAGUGUGAUGUCCAAUUCCAGUAUGACGAACAUCACCGUGGAGUGUGGUUCCUACGAGCAGCUGGGCUACUGGCCAAACAACUUUGACGACUUUGCUUCUUCCCUCGUCCUCCUUUACAACGUCAUGGUGGUGAAUAACUGGCAAGUGUUCAUGGAUGCCUACACCAGAUACACCACACAGUGGUCCAAGGUCUACUUUGUCUCCUGGUGGCUUACCUCCUCUGUCAUGUGGGUCAACUUGUUUGUGGCUCUCAUCUUGGAGAACUUCAUCUAUAAGUGGGACCGGAGUGUCAUGUGUUCGGUGGCGGACGUUGAGCGGACAGGUUAUGAGACUACCGUCCAGCUCAUGUUUAGAGAACAAAUUCAGGAGCCUACAGAGGAGGAACUGCUCACCCAACUCCACCAGCACCCUCACCUGCACCUCAGCUGAUGACCCUAUGUCCGACUAGGCCAAUCCAAAAUUAACAGGGCCUUUACUGGCUAUCACGUAUGUCUGUGUGAAUGGCAGGGACUCAAAAGCACGAGAGACUAUAUUGUUAGGCUCAAUUCUCAAUUCUGAUUAGUCCUAUAUGUUGUCACAUUUUGUAUGUUUUUUUGCACUCAAACCACUGGACAACUGCGCCACUCGGGAGCUCCCGUUAUUACUUUUGUUUGGUGGCAAACAAAACACACCACUGUUCUUCAUGGAAUGAUUGAAUUAUUUAAGGGAGUAAAAAGGGGGAAAGGACUAGUUUUUAUCCGUAUAUUUGUCAUGAAAGCGUUUUUUUUUGCUUACCUGCCUUGCAAUGUAAAUAGGAUUUUGCCUUUAGCUAAAUAAAGAAAUAGGGGUUUUUAUCUCAGUGACUGUUAUAUAAAUGAUGAAAUAUGUGUUUAGCACGGCUGGAAAAGAUUCUCUCAAAUAUGUGAAACUCAUUUUUAGACAAGGCCUGCCCUUGUGUUUUUGUUGUUGUUGCAUUGGGUCAAUUCUCUCCCGAAUCGCUAUAGCAACAAUUUAAUCUUGAAGUUCCAUAAUUACCUGACUGUUGCAAUCAGUUUGAAGGUGUUGUGUGUUUUCUGAGACCCUCUCGGGUCUUCCGGCCAUAACCACCAACUGAUAUCUCCCUCCUCCUCACUCAUCAGGUCAGGCUAGUUAGUGAUAAGCGUGAAUGAAGAUUUCCUGCUGAUGCAUCUUGGUGAUGGUCAUUUCAGAUAAGGGUUAUUAGCUCUCCCCGGGGCAUGCAAGUCUUGACUGAGGAAUCCUGCUCACACUGCGGAAUGUAUUAGAAUGGUAUAGAAUGGCAUGGAAUGGAGAACUGUUAUUCUACCUGAAGGGAAGCAGGAGAAACAUGUGUUUUUGAGAAGAAUAAAAAUGGCAUGUUUUCCAACGUCAUAAUAAAAUGCAAUCAGGAAGAUAAUUACGGUGA